AUGGACUUUUGGUCACGUCUAAUCGGCGGCUCGCGCGCGUUGUCAAAGAGCUCCCGAGCGACCUCGCCCACCGAGAGGCUGGCAGCCUUUAAACGCGCAUGCAAUGCUCUUCAGCAAAUAUGGCGUUCAAAUAAUACCCCCUCUGGCGAACAACCCAUCGCCCACGCGCGUGCCUAUAUCGAACGAUUGAACUCAAUCCUAAGCGAUGAAUCCCGAGGACCAGCUCCUCACCCCUGUGUGGCCUAUGCCGCAUCCUCACAAAUAUUCGUAACCGUGACGAAAUUGGCUCUAUCCUACUACGAUGAUGCAUUGUUGCGCUCCGCCACGUUAUUCUUCAACACCCUGAUCGACGCCGAGGUGGACGGCGUGGUGGACAAUCGUCUCUUUGCUCGCGCAAUGGUAGAUCUAGUCAGGCGGGCAGAUAAGGCCUCGGACGAGAUUGAAGGGAGAUUAGUGGAAUUAUUGUUUGGUAUUGCAAACAAUAUCCGUCUGCAACCUACUAUCCUUCCCGCGUGGUUUGUGCCUCGAGCUACACCAAUGGGCCAGGAUGGGGAGCCACCAGCGUCGAGUGGAACGGAAUUCGCAGGCGCCAUGCGGAAGGAUGAAUUUCCGCUGUUCUAUCUUUUGGUCGACUACGUACAUAACGAUGGUCGCGCAGGUGAUUUCGCUCGGACGGGUCUCCUAUAUUUGAUUGAGACGGCAUCACGGUCAAAGAACUUAGAGAAAUGGUUGAUUGAAAGUGAUUUGGCGACAUUGAUGGCUACCGGACUGGGUGCACUAUACAGUCAACUGGGCAGUCUGUGUUUCCCUUCGAUUGAUGAGGAUGCACCUCAUAUUAUCGCCCUCUCCGAUCAUGCCAACGAAGUCACAGCUCUCAAACCCGCGCUUAGCGAGGCUAUGGAUGCCUUCAUGUCAUACUUGCUGUUUUGGCAAGACACCAUUGACCAUUGCAAAUCUGCGGAAGUUAACUACACCCUCCUGGAUCAUUUUCAGGUUCUCUUUCUUGAGCAACUUUUAUACCCUUCUUUAUUAGAAUCUUCCGAUGUAGCUGGUGGCUCAACUGCGGCCGUGAUGACAUACCUUUGUCGCAUCCUGGAUUCCAUUGAUCAAGGUGAAUUAGUUCACCGGAUUUUGCAUUUCUUACUGGCAUCAUCUCCUCCCCCAGAAGAGAAAAUAGAUAUGUCGGCCAGUCGACGAAGAUCUCUCAACGUACUAGCUGCGUUGGCCUCCGAGGCGGCCCAACCAUCUCCUUCCCUCUUCAAUCUGCGUGACCUUGCGCUCCUUGGCCUCCAAUCAUCCAAUCGCCAAACCGUAUUGGCUACCUUACGUCUUCUGAAUGUCGUUCUUCAACGCCACCAUCCUUUUGCCCGAGCACUGAUUCACACGGUUCCUAGCAAGCCAGCUCAGCAGCGGACUGUUGGUGCAUUCAAUGCAGAGCUCGAACAACUCCUCAGCCUAGGUACAUCUCUUGUUGAUGAGCCUACGCUAAAUGAAUCGUAUGAUAACUACGUUUCGGAUGCGACAUGGGUGCUAGAGUCGCGCCUUUGUCUCCCCGUGUCUGCUGAACAAGCUGAAGAUUCGGUUCCCGUGCCGCUACAACUUCAACAGGACGACCCUAUCGUUCAAGGUCUGUUGACAUGUGUUGAUUCAUUCUUCAGCAACAGUGUUAUCGUCAAUCUAGCGCUUACUGGAGUUCUUAUGAGCCUGGCAUCAUCCCAUCUAUUCUCCCUAGACGGAUGGGUGUUGGUUGACCCAGCCCACUACGAUUUCCCUGAAGAGGAACCUUCUGAUGAAUUUGACCGCAUCCGCCAGUCUUACUUGGUGCCUACAUGGCCCAAAACAGCUGCGCCGACAUUGACAUCGGCACUUAAGAAAUUGGUAGAACAAGUACACCAGUGGCAGCAAAAUCUUCCAGAUUUUGAUGUCCUGGUAGCUGCUCGCCGUGACUUACUUCACCGAGAUGAGCGUCCACAAACGCCGGGUCGAUCCUCGGUAGUCUCUGAGGCCCCUGGUCCGGCGUCCGUAGACCGCUCACGUCCUUCAUACCCCGGAUCACCAGAACCUUCCAUUCCCAACUCACGUGGCCAAUCUCCCCAGCCUAUCAACCCAUCGGGAUCGAUACCUGGUGUUAUGCGGGGUGAACCCUCUGUGCGCCCGAUAGAAUCUCGGGGGUCAUCGAUCUCCCGUGCUCCGGCGGCCGAGGCCUUACGGCAGCGGCUGGCCAUGCCAUUCCCCCCGGCUCCCGGACCACCCGCUACGGACGCCGUGGAGACUGAUGCUGAAAAUAGUGCCGAUCAUGGACCAGGAUCAACUGUCACUCUCGGGCAUGUUUUGACCAACGUAGUAAUUCUAUAUGAAUUUCUCCUGGAACUGUCUGCUGUAGUGCAGGCCCGAGGAAGCCUAUUUGAAGAGGCGGGAUAUGUCUAA